GCGGCCUAUUGCUUAUCUAGCCAAGUGAACGGGUUUCAUGACCGCCCUAACCGCAGACUAGGUACGCCCGGUCUCUGUUCUCGGGCGAGAUACAAAUCAGUCCAGCUCACAACUUUGGUCGUCUUUACGAUACAUUGCAAUCAUGUUUUCAGCAUACGUAUGCUCCUCGGCGUUCUGCUUUCUGGCGCCUACACCAGUCCUUUGCUUAACCGGUCUUUUGAUCAUCAUCCUGAUGUCGCUCUUCUUUCAGUUUGUCCUCAGGACUGAAAAGGUCGAAAACAUUCCCAGCGAUGCGAUAAUGAGCAGGCGACGUAUCCGCUACGGACACGCCAAUCACACUAGCUGGACGUCAUGAGGGGCUUAGGUGGCUACUCACGUAUUCCAAAUGGAUAUUGACGAACCGCACAAGCCUACGACAUCGCUCACCUCUGUUUGUUCAGACCAUAGGGGCUUUCCUCAAUAGUCACGAACUUUUAUGCAUCACGAUUAAAGGCAGCUAUUGUAUUAGCCCUUGUUUUCUCUGCUACACCAUUGUUCAAGCCAAGUCGAAUCUCAAUCCGAACAUAUUCGUUCUUAGCGCUUCCUCAUAUACACUGUCAGAAUGUACACCCUCCUUAUCAAACACCACAGUAUCAGCUCGUACUCCUUUACGCUAAGUGUCUACUACAUUUAUUUACAAAAGCAAAACUGUAUCAUUCAUAAAAUUUCAGUGUGCAUUACUUCAC